AUGGAAAACUGGACUUUAAGCGAUGAUAUCCUUCUCCUGGAGGGGUUAAAGGUCACCCCCAAGUCCUCCGUCCCUGCCUUCACCCUCCUUCUCCUCAUCUACAUCUUCAUCAUGGUGUCCAACCUUGGUCUGGUACUGCUGAUCUUUAGGACCAGGAGCCUCCACCAGCCCAUGUAUCUGCUCUACUGCAACAUGAGUAUUAAUGAUGUUUUUGGGGCAACGAUAAUUAUACCUCAUGUACUCAGAGAUAUGUUUAUAUCAAACUCGGAGCGUUACAUUCAUUACAUGGACUGUGUCAUUCAGGCCUUCUGUGUUCACGUCUAUGGAAGCACCUCUCACACUGUGCUCAUGAUCAUGGCUUUUGAUCGCUAUGUCGCCAUCUGCAACCCUCUGCGAUACGCCACCAUCAUGACCGACAAGAUGGUGGUGAAGCUGUCGGUUGCGGCCUGGGUCGCAGCCUUUAUCAUGGUGGCGAUCCUUUUGGGUCUGACUAUCCGCCUGUCACGCUGCAGGCGGGUUAUACCGAACCUGUUCUGUGAUAACGCCUCCUUGUUCAGCCUCUCCUGUGAAAGCGUCCUCAUCAAUCAAAUCUACGGCCUCGGCUACACGGUGGUCCUGCUGGGCUCCUCUGUCAGCAGCGUAACUCUCACCUACUUGAAGAUUGCUGCGGUGUGUUUGCGCAGUAAGAACAAGAUGUUGAACAGCAAAGCGUUGCAGACCUGUGCCACUCAUCUGGCUGUGUACAUCCUCCUGCUGAUAUCGGCUUUCAUCAUCGUCAUCCUGCACCGUUUCCCUCGGCUGUCAGACCACAGGAAAGUGGCGACCAUUGUGGGUGAAGUGGUUCUUCCUGCUCUCAAUGCUGUGAUCUACGGUCUGCAGAUUAAAGUGAUUAGACAGAGAAUUAUGGCUGUGUUUCACAGUAAAGGAGGUCUAAUGAAUUGGAAAUGA